AUGACCGGUUUGUGGGUAGAGUUACCUCACCUGACUCAAAAGCUUCCGGAAAGUUGGGCGCUCGGUUCCUACCUUACGGUCAUGAUCCAACUCGCCAACGUCGGCCCGUUAAUUUACUGGUACGCCCGCGUCAAUAAAUUGUGCAGUGAAGUUGUCGCCAUCCACGUGCAAAUGCUAAUCGGGACAAUUGCCUGCAUCGCGUUGAUCGGUUGGUGGGACGUGACCCUCGUCAUCGCGGGAAAAGAGAGGUCGAUCGUCCUAUAUUUAGCCUCCUAUGGCCUGUCGAUAGUGGAUUGUACGUCUUCCGUCGUGUUCCUUCCGUACAUGGCGCGAUUUAAGGGGCACCACAUGACCCCUUAUCUAAUCGGGGAAGGGUUAAGCGGAUUUUUGCCCAGUUUGGUCGCACUAGCGCAAGGAAUUACGGACGAGAGUGAAGCUAAUUGUCCCAACGAAGAACUUAAUAUAACCAGUGAUGAUGAAGAAUUUUUAUUAAAUGACAAAAUAAUUAGUACAAGUGAGCAAAAACACCCCAGAUUUUCUGCAAAUGUAUUCUUCAUAUUUUUGCUCGUCAUCUUACUCGUAUCUUGGAUCGCUUUCACCUUAAUGGACCAGUUAUCACUCUGUCGCAGUGAACGGAUCGACCUGGAAACGGAUAUUGAGUUGGAGUCAGCCGCAGAAAAUUUUAUUCCAGAUAAGAAAAUCCCACCAGAAGAGGAAGUAACUUGUUCCGAGAAAAAUCCCGGGAGUUUCAAAUUCACCCGGGAAUUCAUUUGGCUCUUGGGAUUAAUGGCGUGGGGAUGUUUUACCACGUUUGGCGCUAUGCCGUCGCUCCAAUCCUAUUCGUGCCUGCCGCACAGUGCGGACGUGUUCUUUUAUGCCGUCACUUUGGCGGGACUUGCAUACCCGGGGGCGUGUACGGUUGGCUUCUUUUUGGAAAUUCGAACUCCGCGGGUACUAAAUUCAUUGACACUUAUUGGAUCAGGGAUUGGUGUUUAUAUUUUAGUGUGUGCCGUGGAAAGUCCAUACCCCCCAUUUUUGGGGACAAGUUAUGGGUCAGUGAUCAUGGUGGCGUCAUGGGUCAGCUAUGUUGCACUGAUUUCCUACAUGAAGACUAUGGUGUCUCUAGAAUUGAAUGAUAAGGGUGGCAACCAAGCCAUGUUUUGGUGCGGUUUCGCCCAACAAUUUGGUGCUGCGUCGGGUGGAGCGAUUAUAUUUUGUGUGAUAAAUUAUACAAAUAUUUUUAAAGAAGGGGAUAAAUGUGGUUGA